GUUUAUAACCCCCCCCGCGCACCCCCAACCAAGGCCCACAAGAACACAUCCCCGAUUCCCUACAAUCGCCCCGAUCCCCCUCUGUUCUGCCUGCCUGUCAGUCCCUAGAAACAAAGCAGCGACAUACAUCCUACAUACCUUAGCAUCAUCAACCGACAGCUACCUCUUCCUCAUCAUCAUCAGCAAUGCUUCUCUCACCUUCAUCCCCCGUCGAGCGCCGCGCCGCUGUGGCAACUGGUGUCUCGUCCGUCUCGACCACGCAGACAUCCCCGAAUUUGCAGCCGUCGCUUCGUUCCCCCGAUGGCACGUUGCGGCUGCGCGGAGGGCCGAUCGAGGAUCGCCGUGUACGAUGGGAUCAAGACGUCGUGGACAACGAAGGCAUGGGAAAGAAAUCAUCAAAAGUCUGCUGCAUCUACGCACGCCCCCGAGCCUACGACGAGAGCUCGAGCGAAGAGGACUCCAGCAGCGACGAGAGCAGUAGCGACGAGAGCGACGACAGUGCAAAUCACAAUCAUCACAACCACAACCACAGUCGUUGCGGCGGACGCGGACACGGCCACAAGAAAGCCAGUGUUCGACGCAAGAACGCCUACGAGAAGAUGCCAAAACCUAGUUCCGGCCUGAAGAGGCAGACAUAGUCGGACGGGAAGAUUCGAUGGGAUCUGGUGAUCCGGGUUAAGACU